AUGUCUGACAACGUCUCAGCCACGGGCUCCAUGGACGCAGACGGAGGCAGCAGAGCUGGCCGGCAGGCAGGGGAGGCAAGUAGGGCCCAGGAAACGUUUUCUGCCUAUUUGACAGGCAGACGGACAGACGGCAGGACGGAUACACGAGUGGGGGCUGUGCUAGGCGGCUCGGCGGCAGGCUGGUGGAAGAUGUCGUCAGGAGCCGGUGGGAGGGGUGGAAGGCGGCUCAGGGGGACAGCAAGCAGCGGCGGCGGCGGAGGGAGGGGCGGGGCUGGCGAGGCGGAGGAAGGCCCCGUGGGGAUCCCGUUCCCCGAGCACAGCGCCGACAUCCUGGGCGGCCUGAACAAGCAGCGGCUCAGCGGCCUGCUGUGCGACGUGCUCCUGGUCGCCGAGGACCGGGAGUUCCCGGCUCACCGCUCCGUCCUGGCGUCCUGCAGCUCCUACUUUCACAAGCUCUUCACGUCCGGGGCCGCCGCGGACCAACAGAACGUCUACAACAUCGACUUUGUGGCGGCGGAGGCUCUGGGGGCGCUGCUGGACUUUGCCUACACGGCGACGUUGACCGUCAGCCACAGCAGCGUGGCGGACAUCCUCACUGCCGCUCGCCUCCUGGAAGUCCCACCCGUCAAGGACGUCUGUAGCCACCUGCUGGACACCAAAGUGCUCUCCCCGCCGGCGGGCAUUGAGCGAAGAGACGAAGAUGAAGAGGGGAAGGGCAGAGGAGGCAGGGAGCAGGGCAACCGGGUCCGGGCCCGGGAGUACCUGGAGUACUUCCAGAAAGGGGCGCACUGGAGCAGCAGCUGCAGCACGCCAGAGCUCAGGGACCUGCCCACACAUCUGCACUUUAACCACGGUAACGGCGGGAUCCCCAGCAACGGGGCGCCCGUCGGCCCCGGUGAGUACUACUCCCCCCUGGCCCUCGCCCUGGCCCAGGCCCAAACGCAGGAGGAAGAGGAGGACGACGACGAGGACGACGAGGACGACGGGGAGGCGGGGCAGGGAAACGGAGCAGGUCCGAGAUCGUCUUUCUACCCCGCGUUCCAGAACGGCCACUUCUUCCUCGCCCCGGAGUCUCCGCUGGGGCAGGAGGCCGAGGCAGAGGAUGGGAGUAGGGAGGCCGAGGCGAGGGACAGGGGUUCUGCCAGUGCACUCUUGCAGCAGAUGAUGGACUCCAUCGAGAGGCAGAAAGAGCGUGCGACGACCGGGGAGGAACAGGGAGACGGGGACGACCCCGACAUGGAAUUUUACUUGAAUUAUUUUAACAGCACUCAGCAUGAGGAUCCAGCUUCUGCAGCUGAGACACAGGGAGUGCUUCGGUUAUCACGAGGCAGAACAGGCCCAGACAGAGGAGGAGGAGGAGGAGAGGGGGGGGUGGGAGAGAGAGGCAGCGGGGUCGGAGGAGGUGGGGGCGAGAGGAAGAUGCGCUCUAAGGCCUUCCAGAAAUGCCCCAUAUGCUCCAAGGUCAUUCAAGGAGCAGGCAAGCUACCCCGCCACAUCCGAACACACACGGGGGAGAAACCUUACGAAUGCGCCAUCUGCAAAGUGCGCUUUACCAGACAGGACAAGCUCAAGGUUCACAUGCGCAAGCAUACAGGAGAGAAGCCUUACCUUUGUACGCAAUGUGGAGCCGCCUUUGCUCACAACUACGACCUGAAGAACCACAUGCGCGUGCACACCGGCCUGCGGCCCUAUCAGUGCUCCAGCUGCUUCAAGACUUUCGUGCGCUCGGACCACCUGCACCGCCACCUCAAGAAGGACGGCUGCAACGGCAUCCCGUCCCGCCGGGGCCGGAAGCCCCGGGUGCGGGAGCAGGGGCUCCUCGACGCCCCCCCGGGCCUGCUGGGCCCCGGCUCCGACUCGGGCCCCGGGCCCCGCGGCGCCAGGGGGCGGCGGCGCUCGGGGGCGUCGUCGACGCCGGAGGCGGAGGGGCCCGCCGGAGGCCGCGCGCACAGUCCUCGGCUGCAGCAGUUUGAGGGGGGGGCCGGGCCCUGAGGCGGCCAAGGACACCGCUGGACACCAUUGUCACUCUGCGCGGCCCGUGAGACGGGCCAGUGAACGGAGGGGAGAAAAAAAAACACAUAAAGGCAAAUUUAAAAAAAAAAGAAAAAAAAAAGAAAAACAACUAUCUAUUCCUCUUUGAACCAAAUCAGGGUGUCACAAAAAAUCUAAUCUUUGCAUUGCUUUUUCCUUCUUGUUUAGGAAAUGGAGUAGACUUUAAAGCACUUGAGUCGAUUUAUCUGUUAAAGAGCAAAGAACGCUUCAAAUCAUGUACCCAUGACGUCCACUUUCUGGGCCAUUUCUUUCUUUGUAACAGUAGGGGUUUUAUACAUGGGCAAACGUGCUUAGGCAAAGGUAUGAUGGAUACAAAGAAACGCGGAGCAACUAUGCAGUUGAUUUAGAUUUGUAUUGGUUUUGUCCUCACAGCCUUCGAGCUUCUAAGCAAAGUGUCUAUCGAGCACCUUGUGGCUGCUGUACGGGUGAAGCGAGGACAAAUCCUCCCAGUGAAAACUACUCUUUUUCUAUUCUUUUGCAGGUCUGAAAUGUACAGUUACCAUAGAAACAACAUUGCCACAACAUGGCAUAUGCAAGGAAAGCUCACCGCAAUUUUGAUGCAACAGUUUUUUCUCUCUAAAUGUUCCAGAAAGAAUCAGACAAGGGUUUGAUUGAAGUGUUACUUACUCUAUAAAAUGCAUCUAUGGUUCUGUCUUAUUGAAAAACAAAUCCACGUUGAGUCAAAUCCAAUUUUAUGGGGGCUCUUCAAACGCAGGACUCGGGAAUAUGGGGGGGGGGUGGAGGGUUUGUGUUUUUAAAGCACUACCAUCGUCAAUGUACCUGUUGGCUUGACUACGUUGCCUCUUAACCCCCAAAACCCUGCUAAUUUUAGCUUCUUUUUUUUUUUUUUCCCUUUUUUUUGAUUAUGCUUCGUAAUCUUUUUGUCUUUGUUCCUUUCAUGUUGACUGCUUCGGGUACUUGACACUUUAUAAUUGUAUACAUGUAUAUACAGCGGGUGGUGACAUGACAUGCGUUCCCUCUUAAUGCUGAGGUGUACCUACCAAUCGGGAUUUUUCCCCCUCUUUGGCUUGAUGUCAUAUUUCUCACAGUGAAGCUUGUGGGUGAGCGAAAAAAAGAAAGAAGAAAAAAAAAAACCC